UUUGAAACGAUCCUUUUCCGGUGGGCGGUGAGAAAACAUCGCCUUUGUGUUUUCACGCUGCUUGUAGGACUGCGCGGGUCGCUCGUCCGUUCGUCAUUCAUCGGGGUGAGAGGUUCUCACGUACUGUUUCUCCUUCGGUUCUGCGGUACGAGCUCGGGCUACUUUAUUGUGAAGUAGCAGCUUCUGCGCGCAACGAUCCUCUGGCGCACUCGGAGGAACAUGGCAGCCGCUACCGUGGCUGAAGCGGACCCAGCAGAGACAGAUGGAGCUGCAGCCGCCUUUACGGAUCUACUCGACCCGGGCUGGAAUGAAUCGCAGCUUCGGCAAUAUACGUUCCAAACCAGACCGAUACCACGACUCUCACAUACGGAUCCGCGUGCAGAGAUGUUAAUUAAUAACGAGGAGCCUGUUGUAUUAACAGACACUAGUUUGGUAUAUCCAGCUCUGAAAUGGGACAUACCCUACUUGCAAGAGAACAUUGGGAAUGGGGACUUCUCUGUUUACAUAGCAGAAAAUCACAAAUUCUUGUAUUAUGACGAGAAAAAAAUGGCAAACUUUAAGGACUUUGUGCCCAAGUCACGUCGAAUAGAGAUGAAAUUUUCAGAGUUUGUGGACAAGAUGUGUCAAACAGAAGAGCAACAUGGAAAAGAAAGAGUGUACUUGCAGCAAACUCUGAAUGAUACAGUAGGCCGAAAAAUAGUGGUGGAUUUCCUUGGAUUCAAUUGGAACUGGAUUAACAAACAGCAAGCUAAACGAAACUGGGGGCCGCUGACUUCGAAUUUGCUGCUCAUAGGCAUGGAAGGCAAUGUGACACCAGCACACUAUGAUGAGCAACAGAAUUUCUUUGCACAAAUCAAAGGACAUAAGAGGUGCAUCCUCUUUCCUCCUGAUCAGUUUGAAUGCCUCUAUCCUUACCCUGUUCAUCAUCCAUGUGACAGACAAAGUCAGGUUGAUUUUGAAAAUCCUGACUAUGAAAAGUUUCCUAAUUUCAAAAAUGCCAUUGGAUAUGAGGCUGUUGUGGGACCAGGAGAUGUCCUAUACAUCCCAAUGUAUUGGUGGCAUCACAUUGAGUCCCUAUUAAAUGGAGGAGUGACCAUCACAGUAAACUUCUGGUACAAGGGUGCACCCACUCCAAAGAGGAUAGAGUACCCAUUGAAAGCUCAUCAGAAGGUGGCCAUAAUGAGGAACAUAGAGAAGAUGUUGGGAGAGGCCUUGGGGGACCCACAUGAGGUUGGUCCAUUGCUGAACAUGAUGAUCAAGGGUCGAUAUGAUCAUGAACCAAAUUAAUGGCCUGAGCUGAACCCUCUUUAGUGUGCUGCUAGGACGAUUUGUUUAUAUGUAUGUGUGGAUAUGAGUAUAUGCUUGUAUGUGCAUUCAUGCAAUGCCAGUGCAUGGCAGUAUUUUGGCAGUUGGAAAAAAACGUUUGCCUUUUGUCUGCUUUCAUUUACCGGACCCUUUAUUACUUGUUCUGUGUUGGUGUAAGGAGAAUACCACUAGCCCUUAAGAGUCCUUAUGUCCAUAUGUGUGACAUUACAUACUAAUAAAUAGUCUAAUGCAUUAGGUGAAGCUUUAAAGCACUUACACCACUCAGAGCACCCUUUGUCAGUUUUUGUCCCAUGUUGGGACAAAGAAGGUGCCAUAUUUCAUGAUUGGACGCCUGUAGUCUGCAGAAUGAAAUUGGCAGAGUGCCUCAAGUAUAUCCAUAGAGGAUGAUUGAUUUACAACUUGAAACCUACCAUCGGCCAAUUGAACAGUAUUUAACUGUUGAUAUUGUUCUUUUUGAGAAAUCUGUCAAACAUCCAACAAUUUUGAUGGUUUAUUUUGUUUGAUUUUGAAUUUGAUCUGAUGACUUAAUGUUUCUGUUAGGAUAAAGGUAAUGCAGAAUGCAGUGGUUGGCCAAAAUAUGUUUUUGAAACAGAAAGAAUUUCUGAUCCUGAAAUUUUGCAUUUGUAUAUUGUAAAGGCAUUUGUGAUUUUCACUUUUUUAAAGCUAUGUAUACAUUAAGGCAAAAGGUGUAGUAUGUUUCAUUGUAACAUUACAUGGUACCAUUUAAAUCAGGAUUGUAAUUCAGAACAAAUUACUCGCUGAGUGUUAAGAUAUUUCGCAAAGUAUUGCAAGGAAAUAAAAUCUGAAUUGUUUUAUUAUAA